AUGCUGAGCCUUGCUAUCAUCAACAAGAACUACGCCGAUGCUGGUAAUCGGGCUGACCAAAUCACGGUCAGUUUUACCGAUGAUAUCUUUAACAAAGGGCUCGACAAUGCGGAUGAAUGGGAUGCCAAGGUUGAAAAAAUAAUGGCAACUUUUACCAAUGUGGACCUUGUUGGUCAGAUGACAGAGAUUGCUGCUUAUGGUCUACUGAAUUCGACGUACCAGAUUGACGAGGAGGCUGUUCGUGCCUAUGCCAGAUACCAUGUUGGCUCGUAUAUAAGUCCCCCCAUGUCAACUGUUGGAAAGAUCGAUGGCAAAUGGGGCUGGACAACGGCUGAAAUGCGUGCGUUUGUUGGUCGGAUCCAGGAGAUUGCCAUGGAGGAAAACGGUGGGCACCCGAUGAUCUAUGGUACGGAUGCUGCUCACGGUAACGCCAUGGCUACAGAUGCCGUCUUCUUCGGUCAGCAAAUUAACGCCGCAGCUUCAUUCAAUCCGAAUCUCGUUUACAAGCAGGGCCGUAUCACCGCUCGGGACACACUGGCAUCGGGCAUUCCAUGGAUCUUUGAUCCCGUUUUGGACAUUGUUCACAACCCAUUGUGGCCCCGUGUGUACGAGACGUUUGGCGAGGAUCCGCAUCUGGCUUCUGUCAUGGGUGCUGCCAUUACGCGCGGUAUCCAAAGCUAUCCAGAGGCGGCUGCCUGCAUGAAACACUGGAUUGGAUAUUCGUGGAACCCAACUGGCCACGAUCGAGAAGGCGUGACCAUGUCAGACUUUGACUUACUUAACACUUACUUCCCGUCUUUCAAAGCUGCGGUGGAUGCGGGGCUUUUGACAGGUAUGGAGAAUUUCGUAUCAGUCAAUGGAGUUCCCGUCGUAGAAAACACAAAACUUUUGACAAAACUACUCCGUAAUGAUCUGAAGUUUGAAGGUUUAAUGGUGACGGACUAUACGGAGAUCAAUCACUUGACAGAAUUCCACCGUACCGCACGUUCCACAGAUGAAGCAGUUAAAUUUUCACUGGAGCGUACGUCCAUUGAUAUGAGUAUGGUGCCGUCAGAUCUGUCGUUUACAAACGGCACCAACAAGCUGAUACACGAGAAUCCGGCAAUCAUUAAUCGACUUAAAGAGUCUGUUCGUCGUAUCAUCAAGACAAAACUGAAACUCGGUUUGUAUGAAAAUCCGAUGCCUGGUGCAGAAUACGUCGAAAUGGUCGGUAACGAUGACGAUGUCGCCACGGCCUUAGACCUUGCUCGCGAGUCAACAGUGUUACUGCAAAACAACGACAGUACUCUUCCUAUCCCAAAAGAUGCUUCUGUUUUCUUAACGGGACCUAUUGCACACGAUAUUGGCCGUCAAUGCGGUGGAUGGACGCUUCACGUUUUUGGCGUAUCUGGCAACGACAUGUUUACACAUGGUGUAUCGGUCAAACAAGGUUUUGAAGCUAUUGUCGGUCGCGAAGCUUUCACUUUCUUCAACGGUCUCAACAUUACUGGCAGUUACACGGAUGCUGAUCUUACUACUGCCAAGAGAUAUGCCGCUGAAGCCGAAUACACGGUUGUUGUUAUUGGCGAGGAGACAUAUGAAGAAAAGACCGGCGAUAUUGAUGACCUUACUUUGCCUCGUGGCCAAAUUGAAUACGUAAAGGAACUAGCAUCGACUGGCACCAAAGUCGUUGUCGUGCUCUUCGAGGGGCGCCCCCGAAUUUUGAAUGAUAUUCCCGAACACUCUUACGCUGUGAUCAAUGCGAUGCUUUCAUGUGAACAAGGUGGCAGAGCUGUUGCAGAGAUCAUUUAUGGAGAUGUAAAUCCUAGUGGGCGUAUGCCCAUUACGUACCCGAAGCACACUGGCAACGUUCUGAUUUCGUAUCGUCAUCGUGUCAGCACUUUGUGCGCUUUAGGAGACGCUUGCGAACCCCAGUGGACGUUCGGACACGGGCUUAGUUUCACUAACUUCACGUAUUCCAACAUGACCAUCAGUACCACGAAUGUCACGUCCAGCUCAGAAUCCGUCUGUGUCUCUGUGUUAGUGACGAAUUCUGGCAGCGUUGCCGGGAAAGAGACCGUGAUGCUGUUUCUUACGCAGCCGUAUCGGUCUAUAUCGGUACCAGAGGUCAAACAGUUGAAGAAAUUCUCAAAGAUUAGUCUCAAACCGGGAGAUUCAAAAACGGUGACUUUCGAGCUGACGGCGGCGGACUGGAGUGUGUACUACCCCCAAAUAGGUCAGGGCCUUAAACUUGUGGCAGAGGAUGCAGACUACGUGGUUGCCAUCAAGCCUGAGACAGAUUGUGACGUGUACAACAAGACUGCUGUCGCUAACUCUCUGUGUGCAAAGUUCACUCUGUCUACUGGUGACUAUCCUUUUGGCUCCCUCGUGGCAGAGUAA